AUGGACGCUCUUCGAGACAUUGAGCUUGAGACGGACUCAGCGUUGAGCUACCAAAUUCUCCGUCACGUACUGGAAGACCAGUUGGAGCUCUUUGAUGAAGAGGAUAAUCUGGAUGGAGACUCUGCUGUCUCGUUCGCCGCAUCAGAAUACAGCAGCGAAGGAUCUGAUAGCGACAACGACCGCGUUCAAAAGUUAACCGUACGACCGCCCAAGAAAGGUCUCAGGUCGAAGCUAUACCCAAAGCCAAAGCCAACCGCCAUGUGCUGUGCCUGCGGUGACGACAAGGAGGAAAAAGUUAGCAUGAAACUCUCGUGCUCGCACAUCUAUUGCCACGACUGCAUCAUCGACCUCUUCAGGUUCUCCAUUCAUCAGGACGCCACUCUCUUCCCUCCCCGCUGCUGCAAAGUACCGACUCCCUUCUACAUCAAUAGCACUUCUGGCUCGCACGAACACUCAUCUGUCCUCCCGGACAAGCUACUCGAAGAAGUCAGGAUCAAGAAGGCAGAGUACGAUUUCGUGCACGCCACUUUCUGCAGUACAUGCGGACGGCGCAUUCCCGAAGAAACGACCAAGGAUAGCACUGCCGAAUGCCGUAGCUGCAACACCGCAACCUGCACAACUUGCAAGAACAAAGCGCACAAGGGUGUCUGUCCUGAAGAUGAUGACACGAAGCUUCUCAUUGCUGCAGCAGAAAAGGUGAUGUGGCAGCGCUGCUCGCAAUGCAAGAACAUGGUCGAGCUAGAUCAUGGUUGUUUCCAUAUCAGUGGAAGACUUGUACCUGCCCGAAGUCCGACGAGGGCCAUAUUAUGGGGCGUAGGCCAGAAGCUCUCGAAGAGGCUCCCGUCGUUUGUCAGCAUGUUUGGAGACCUCAACGUGGUACGGCUUGCGCACGUUGUGAUGGCACUAAUCUGA